AUGUCCGGUCCAACCAGUCGGGCCUCUUCGUCCGAGCCCGUGCCCGAUGACUCGCACAACGGCGACGUCAGUGCUGGAGGUGCUACUAGCGCUGCACGUUCCCGCGACAGCGUCUACGGUCAUUUCAUGAAUUUCAUUCAUGAAGUGAAAGACCAAGGCGCGCUCGCUGCAUGUUUUCCGCCGGCCACCUCCGACUCCGCCGGCCCUUCCUCAGCUCAAGAAGUAAUGGUCGCCGACGCCCCGUCGCCUCCAUUCAAGACCCUGGUGACGUUCAUGAUGUACCUCGCACACGUCAUGACGGGCAUGAUCGUCGAGACGGUGGCGCUCUCCACGGUCAUCACAGCGUGUAAGAGCUUCAAGACCGUUUGGGAGCAGAACACGGGCAACCCCAUGGAUCGAGAGGUGGUCGACCAGGUCAGCCACUACAUACUGCACGAGCUCGAUGUCAGGCACGAUACCCGCACGCCUGGGUACGUGUCGAUUGCUCAGCUCCGCAGUAUCGUGGCUGCCUUCUUCCAUCUUGACUUCGCCUCCGUCGGUAUCCAGCAGCGCCUCAACCCGGUGUUCUGGGUCACCAUGACCAUGGAGAGCCAGGUCCGCAUCUCGUCCACCUUGAGGCCCGACACCUCUACGGACGACAUGAUCGGUAUGACCUGGGGAGUGUUCACCAUCCGAUCGGACAAGUCGCCCAUCAGAAGUGACAUUCACGAAGUCACAAUCCGGUUUGACACGGUCAACGGCAAGACCGAGACGGUCAUCCUCCGUGCCCCUGCCAAUGCUGGCUCGGACCCUCGUCUGUAUAUGUUCGCAUUGGGGAGAGUUGUUGGUGCGGAGCCGUGUCUCGAGCGUCCUACGCCCCGCCACGACUACAUCCCCCCGAGGCCCGUGGUGGCCGGUGAGCGAGUGGCGGAGUUUGCAGUCGCCGCUCCGAAGCUCAGAAAGGGCGCAAUUCACCCCCACGAGUCCCCCCUCCACUGA